AGCAGUUUCUGUUUUCUUUUAUUUCCAGCGAAAAACAUGUGGAGUUUAUCAUGGCACAAUCUACUCCCCUGCCUCCUCUUCAUGUACUUGAAUUUUCAAGUUAUUUUCUCUUUGCCUAUUAAUUCUUCUUCUCCUUCUGCAAAACUUUGCUCCCCUGAACAAAGGCUGGCCUUACUCCAUUUUAAGAGUACCUUUACAAUUCAUAAGAAUAAUCAUUCUUGUGAAGAACAUUCUUAUCCUAAGACAUACUCUUGGAAAGAGAGUACUGAUUGCUGCUCAUGGGAUGGAGUCACUUGUGACAGCUUCACAGGUCAAGUAAUUGGCCUUGAUCUUUCUUCUAGUUGGAUCCGUGGUGCUGUCUUUGACAACAGUAGUCUCUUCCUCCUUCACCAUCUCCGGAAGCUCAAUCUAGCUUGUAAUGAUUUAAGCGGAUCCACUAUCUCAUCCAAGUUUGGUCAGUUUAUGAAACUGACACAUCUUAACCUUUCUUUCUCCGGUUUCUAUGGCCUAAUACCUACUGAAAUCUAUCACCUAGCAGAACUUGUUUCAAUUGAUCUUUCUGUUAAAUUUGGCGAUAGAUUACCAGAACUCAGCCAGCAUGUUUUCAAUAAGCAAUUGCAGAAUCUAACAAAAUUAAGACAUCUUCAUCUUGAUGGUGUGAAUAUGUCUUCAGUUGCUCCUGGCUCCUUGGUGAACCUGUCUUCAACUCUGAUAUCUCUUGUUAUCAGCAAUACAAGCCUGCAAGGCGACUUCCCAGAAGACAUUUUCCGCUUUCCAUUCCUCCAAAAGUUGAGUUUAACCGGAAAUGGAAAUCUAACAGGUACUUUACCAAAGUAUAAUUGGAGCUCUUCACUGAGAUUAUUGGAUCUCUCCGAGACAAGUUUCUCAGGCAAGUUACCUGACACAAUCGGCAACCUUAUAAACUUGAAUGUUUUGGAUCUCUCUCUUACAAGUUUCUCAGGAAAGUUACCUGACACAAUCGGCAACCUUAUAUACCUGAAUGUUUUGGAUCUAUCUUUUACAAUUUUCUCAGGAAAAUUGCCUGACAAAAUUGGCAAUCUUGGGUACUUGAAUGUAUUGGAUCUUUCUGACAGUGAAUUCGAAGGGUCGAUUCCAAAAUCACUUUGGAAUUGCAUGAAAAUAAUUUCUUUGGAUUUGUCAUUCAAUAGAUUCAAUGGCCAAGUCGCAGCAUCACUAUCUAAACUUAGUCAGCUUACAAGUUUAAAUCUGAGAGGGAACAAUUUUGAAGGAAAGUUUCCAGAUGUUUUUGGCAACCUCGGCGAAUUAACUGAUCUAGAUCUUUCAUUGAACAAUUUCAGUGGUCAGUUGCCGUCUUCAGCAUUCAACCUCUCACAUCUUUCUGUUUUAGACUUUUCCGAAAAUCAAGUUGAAGGUCAUAUUCCAUUUCAAGUAAGUGGUCUUUCAAAUCUAAUUUCUCUCAAGAUGUCUAAUAAUUUUCUUGCUGGAAGAGUACCAUCUUGGUUGUUUACUCUGCCAUCUUUAGAGACAUUAGACCUUAGUGAUAACAAACUCACAGGUCCAAUUGAGGAGUUCCAUCCGCCUGGUUCAGUGAAAAAUGUUUAUUUGAUGAAUAACGAGAUUCAAGGUUCAAUUCCAAAUUCCAUGUUUGAACUCUCAAAGCUUAGAACCCUCGACCUUUCUUACAACACCUUACUGUCAUUUGUUAAUCAGAAAAAUGAAACCUUUACGUUUCCCAGCCUUCAGAGGUUCAGUUGCUCUUCUUGCAACAUAACUGAAUUCCCUAAUUUCUUAAGAACCUCAAAAACCUUGAAAAUCUUAGACCUUUCAAACAAUAGAAUUCAUGGCCAAAUUAUUCAAUGGGAAUUUGAAUUGUUUCACAAUUUGUACUAUUUGAAUCUCUCUCACAAUUUUCUUACAAGUUUCUUCCCUUCUGGAAAAACUUCAAAUAUGAAUCUAGUGGUUCUUGACCUUCACUCCAAUUUCCUCGAGGGCCCACUUGUGAUUUUAGAUGCACCAGGUAUGGACACCUUAUUACUUUCCGACAACAUGUUGACGGGAGAGAUCUCUUCGUCAAUUUGCAACUUAAGCUGUAUUCACUAUCUUGACCUAUCUCUCAAUAGGUUGAGUGGAACAAUUCCUCAAUGUCUAGGAAAUGCUUCUAUGCUUUCACUCUUGAACCUUGAAAUGAAUAAUUUCAGUGGUAACGUCCCCACAAUAACUGCAUAUAGCUACAUGCAUUACCUUAACCUUAACGACAAUAAGUUGGAGGGAUCAUUACCACCUACUUUGGUUAAUUGUAGUUAUUUGGAAGUUCUGAAUGUUGGGAACAACAUGAUAAAUGAUACUUUUCCUCAUUGGUUAGCAAAGCUUCCAAAACUUCAAGUUCUAAUAUUGAGAUCUAAUAGAUUUCAUGGUUCCAUUGGAAUAUCAAUGGGAAGAUUAUCAUUUCCUAAGCUACGAAUAAUUGAUAUCUCUCACAAUCAUUUCACAGGUGCUUUGCCAACAAGAUUUUAUGAGAAAUUUAAUAUGAUGGGCGGGGAAAUUUUGAAAGGUGAAUUAAAAUAUCUAGAACUACUAGACAAUCGAGGGGCUCCGCAAAACUGCCGGCUUAGGCCGAGUUAUGUUUUAUAUUAUUCAAUUGUUUUAACAAUGAAAGGUGUUGAUAGAGAAAUAGAUAGAAUUCUAAACAUUUUCACAAUGAUGGAUUUGUCAAACAACCAAUUUGAAGGACAAAUUCCAAAAGCUAUUGGAAAGCUUAAUUACCUCCAGGGUCUCAACCUUUCUCAUAAUAAUCUUACAGGUCAUAUUCCACCAUUAUUGGAAAAUUUGACUCAACUUGAAUCAUUAGACUUCUCCUUCAACAACUUUGUUGGAAAGAUUCCUAAUCAGCUGACAAAUCUAUCAUUUCUUUCCGUGUUGAACCUUUCAUACAACCAACUUGUCGGAUCCAUACCUCAAGGAAAUCAAUUUUAUACAUUUCAAAAUGACUCUUAUAUUGGAAACUUUGGGUUGUGUGGAUCCCCAUUGUCAAGGAAGUGUAUUCGUGAUGAGCCACCAUCUCCAGUGCCAUCAAUCUACCAUGAAGAAGAUGAUGAGUCAAGCUGGUUUGAUUGGAAAAUUGCCUUGAUGGGUUAUGGGUGUGGAUUGGUGUUGGGCUUAUCCAUUGGAUAUAUAGUAUUCACAACAAGAAAACCGCAAUGGUUCGUAAGGAAGAUUGAAAGAGUAAGUCUGAGAAACAUGAGGAAAGUUGAAAAAAGGUCUCCAAGAAGAAGAAAUUAGAAAAUUCCGCCUCCUUUCUCCAACAAAGAAAUGAUUGGACUUGACGAAGGAAUAUCCACGACAAAUUUGGAGCAUGAGACAUGAUGUUUUACUGAUUGCAUUUCACUAUUUUGUUACUAUGUAACUUAUUUUAUUUGAAAUGAUGAAUGCUAUUUAUAAUUUUCAGUUUGGGAACAGUAGUUGCAGGAGAUGUGAUUUUUUUAAGCAAACUGCAAGGUGUAUGUGUGAAUUUUGUGAACUACCAAGGGUGUACUUGUGAUUUCUUCAGGGCAUAUUUGUCAUUUUUAAAAUAAUAGGGGGCAAUUUAAGUCUCCUAUGUAUUGGGGACCGGAAUGGAACUUGCAUUUCAGGUUUCAGUUCUGGUUCUGUUUCCUAGCAAUUUCAGCAGGUACCCAGAACCACUCACCCUUAAUUUUUAUAUUGUAUUCGCAACAGGAAAACUACUAUGGUUUGUAAUGAUGGUUGAAAGAGUAAGGUUUAGAAACAUGAGAAGAGUGAACAGAAAUCAUCCAAGAAGAAGACAUUAGAGAGUUAAAUUUAGUGCUGCUCUCUCUAUAAGAGCAAGGAGGAUAGCCGCUUGUGUCUACAUGGUCUAGUUAUUAUCUUCCAGCCAUCGAUUUUCUUCCACUCUCUC